AUUCUUAUAUAUUAUACAGUUCAUCCAAACAUUAACAGAAAUGACCUUAUAAAGAUUUUUAUGUAAAUUUAUUUACGAGGAAUUCAGAAAAUUCAGUAAAAUACAGACAACUAUACAUAUACAAUUUCUGUAGCAUCAUUGACGUAGAUAGUGACAUACACAAAUUGAGAUUUGAAGAAUUUAGAAGAGCAGUAUUUGGAUAUCACGUUACAACGGACCUUCGCAACUGCAUCCAUUGUUGCUAUGUGAUAUAAUGAAUGUAUUAAAGCAUGAACACCGAGUGCUUAUCGAUGAACUAACCGAGUCAAUCUAUGAUGCUUUAGAUUCUGAUGAUAUCUUUGAUGUUAUUUUCGCAUUUGUGGAAAGCAAAUAUCAAGCUGAAUUAAAAGAUGUAAAUAAUCCUAAACUUAGACUUCACAUAAUCCAGCAAAGAUUUUCUUUGGCUUUGGAAGAAUGCGGUUUGAUCGAUGAAAUAAUCGAAAGUUUUCCAGAACUUAAUCUGAACGCACGCUUAGAUAAACUUAAAAAGGAGCAAUCAACUUUACAAAGUAAUAUAUUGGAAUUGAAUGGGAAGAUUGAUACCAUAGUUGAUGAAAUGACAAGACUCCAGAUAAAUUCUUUCGGUCGCGUUCUGCGUUUAUUUGAUAAUCGUGUCAUUGAUUUAGCCAAGGACGAGGAAGAAAUUGUUGUUAUUGAGAGACCGAAUAAUCGAAUUCCGGAGUCAACCAUAAAUCACUCCUGUGCUCCCGUUUGGAGAACAUUACAGCCGGCUGAGUUACUACUUGGUUUACAACUCACACCUUCUCAACCGGUCUUAUACCGUAAAACACAACAUACCUGGUUUCCUGGUCGUGUGUUAUCAUGCCAUCUGCCUAAUUCAGAUCCCUCUACACCUAAAUCAGAUAAAGAUCGGGCUAAAGAGAAUGAAAAUGCUCAGUACACUAUUGCUUUGGACACAUCUUCAAAGUCAAAAUCAGAGAUUUGUUUUGCCGUAACUUCAUCAUUAGCGCUAGCCUUUUCUGCAUCCGAAUUAAGACAGAAGUAUCCAGUUGGUGCUCGUGUAGUUUCAAUAUAUCGAGAUGAUACCGGUGGAAUCGGUUAUUAUUCCGGUUUGAUUGCUGAACCUCCAAGCGAAAGAAAUAAUCAGAGGUAUUUAUUAUUCUUUGAUGAUGGUUAUACGCAAUAUUCACCACCGAACGAAGUCUAUCGCAUAUGCCACCAAUCAAAAGAAAAUUGGAAAGAAGCCACUGAAUCCUCCCAAGAAUUUAUUAAGCGUUAUUUGGCUCAGUAUCCUCAGCGUCCCAUGGUGAGACUGAAACCUGGACAGACUGUUGAAACUGAAUUGGAUGGUGAUUGGAUGAAAGCAACUGUGGAGAAAGUUGAUGCAAGUUUAGCUCUUAUGAAGUUCUCCAGAACCCAUUCUGAAUGGAUUUAUCGUGGCUCCACGCGCCUAGAACCACUUUUCAGUGAUUUGCUUUCUAGUCAAAGUAAGAGUGUACCAACCCAUAAUCAACGUGUAGAAGUUGAGUAUAGCAGUGUGGAUGUUCCAUUAGACUCAAGUGCUAAACGUCGUAAAGCUCGUAAGUCGGCUACAGGCAAUCAAAAUACUGCUAUGUCAGUUCGUGCAUUGUCUAGUGGUGAUUCACACAAAAUUAGUAAUAGUAUUCAUCAAACUAAUAAAUCUUUGUCAAAUUAUAAUAAUGAAGCACUAAAAACUACUUCUAAAAAAGGUUCUGAAAAAAAUAUCAAUGAACAAUGUCUAAGCAUAGAUCCAAUUACUAAUUUGUCUGAAUUGGAAUCAACUGGUACCAAAACAAGCUAUUUAGAUAAUUUAUUCAAAGAAUUUGAUCAUAAACCAUUCGAGUCGCAUAAAUGUGGGCAUCAUUGUUUGAAAAGUUACAGAAAACCAUCUAGUGCACUGUCUCCAAUUUUGUGCUCAGAAAAUCCUGUGGAUUAUAAAGGUUUGAAUCCGUUGGAAAUCCCAUUCCAUUGCGGUUGGUUGAGGUAUCUAGCAAAAUAUGAUCCACCAGUCAAUAACAAAUGUAAUAUUAUAUAUUCUGCACCAUGUGGUCGUUCAUUGAGAUCAAUGCAUGAAGUAGAACGAUUCUUAGACAAAACUAAUAGUCAAUUGACUGCGGAUCUAUUCUCGUUCGAUUCUACGCUGAUAAUUAACCAAGAAUUUCGUGCAGAAAAAACACUAACCAAUAUUGUGGAUUUAUCGUAUGGUAAAGAAAAUGUUCCAAUUCCUUGUGUAAAUAGUGUAGAUAAUGAAGUCCCUGGCUAUAUUGAUUAUACUCCUCAAAGACAACCGAUUGGUAAUGUCCCUUUAUUGAAAGAUUCUAAAUUUCUUGUGUGUUGCGAUUGUACGGAUAAUUGCCGUGAUCGAACUAAGUGUGCAUGUCAGCAGUUGACUGUUGAGGCUAGUUCUUUAACAAAUCCAAAUGGUUUAGUGGACAGUCAAGCUGGUUAUCGUUAUCGUCGGUUGUCACAAUUUACUGUUGGCGGAGUGUAUGAAUGUAAUUCGAAUUGUCAAUGUGAUCGUCGAUGUAGCAAUCGAGUGGUUCAACAAGGAUUGUGGGUUAAACUUCAAGUGUUCAAAACCGCUCGCAAGGGUUGGGGUAUCCGUGCUUUAAAUGCGAUUCCCAAAGGUACAUUUAUAUGUACUUAUGCAGGAGCUAUUUAUGAUGAAGCUAUGGCUGUUCAGGAAGGCUUUGAUUGUGGCGAUGAAUAUCAAGCUGAAUUAGAUUACAUUGAAACAGUUGAAAAGGAUAAAGAGGGUUAUGAGUCUACAGUUGAAGAUUUAAAUGAAAUACUAAAUGAGACAACAGUUGCUCUAAGUGAUACAAAAAAAUUUUCUGAUGAAAAUAAAACAUCACACAUUUCUGCUGUAACUGACCAACAGGUUCUUUCUUCUCGUAGCAACAGUACUACCACGAGUAAUAAUACACCUAUCGAUAAUGAUAAGGAUGAAUCUGAAUCAGAUAAUAGACGAAAUACAAGCAGUGCAACUUCACCUGUAUCUGAAUCAACAGCCAUUGAUGUUGAUGAGAAUGAUGAUGUUGAUAAUAAUUAUGAUGAUAAGACAAGUCGAAGCAGUGAAAUAAGCAGUAAUUCAUCUAGUCGUAAUGCACUUAUUUCAACAAAACCAUUAUUGUUGAAUAGAAAUUACGACAGCAGUGAGUCAUGUUUGAAUACAGAUAAUGAUUUAACACAGAUUAGUGUUCGUAUCAAGAAAAAGAAACACAAAAGGGAGGAGAAAAAGAGACAGAAAAAAGGAAUUUCAUUACCUCCAGUAUAUUCGGAACUUACAGAAAACACCACUAGUAAAAUAUCAGAUAAAUAUAUUCAAAAUAUUUCUUCUAUGUUAAAUACUAAAGAAAUACCUAAUGAUAUCAUGAAUGAUUCACCGGAACGCCCUAGAACAAAGCAUAACUCACCUCUACCAUAUAUCUCCAGUGAUUUAGAAGAGACAAGUGACCUAAUAACCUAUCCUGAUGUACAGUGUGAAGAUACCAGUCAAGUUAUUCCGUCAUCUGUUGACCUAUGUAGUGAAAUGCUGGACCCGUCUAAUUUGUCACAUGUUGUCUAUAGUGAACCUGGUAAAAAUGAAAAUAAUUCUGCAGAUAACACAAUAUCUAGUAUUCAAAGUCAAUCUAAAAAUCCUAAAGUGAAUAUAAUUUUUAAUGGAAAUAACAAUGAACAAAUUGCAUCGAUUAGAUCUCGGUGCACUGUACAAGAUGUGAUUCAAGAAAUAUCUGAAACCAUUAUUCAAACAAAAACUAGCCUGAAAAAACCAGAAACUAUUGAAUUGUCAAACAUUUCAAAUCAAUUAUCACACCCCAGUUUAAAUCAUACUCCAUCAAGUGUUUUAGUUAGUAAAACUCAAAAGAAAAUGAAAAAAUUCGAAAUGUCUAAACAUUACAAACCGAUGAAACCGAAAGUUCAAGUUAAUUUAUAUCCUGUCGUUGAAAAAGAAGAUACAUCGACUCCACAUUUUCAUUCUAUGUUUAAUAAAAUUAGUAAAUAUUCAAACCAAGUAAAAUUGAAAAAUAAAUCGAAGAGAUCUAGAUCUAAGUCAUCAUCAACCAACUCUUCGACUAAUGAAUUAUAUAAUAGAAAAAGUGAAUAUAAAAAAAUUUGGUCGAAUCGAGCAGCCAGUUUACCACGUAGUUUUCGAUUAUUACAUAAUGCUAAACAAUUAUUACGUGAAUCGGAUUUCAGUCGUAUACCAGUGGUACGCUUAUGUCCUUUAGAAAAUGACAUUAAACAGGAAGACCAUGAUAUAGAAAUGAAAAAUGGAAUAAUGAAUAGCGAUGAUGCAAAGUCUUCAAAUGAUGAUUCAAAGCCUAAAUUUGAAUUUCCAGUUGAAGUAAAGGAAGAUGUUAAAAAUGAACAGUGUGGUGGUUCAACGAAUACUGGUGAUUCAAAGAAAGAUCUUAAUAUUUUGAAAGUUGGCACUUUAGAAAAUGAUUCCCAGUCAGAAACAAUUGGUGAUACAUUGAAAGUCACUUCAAUAUCUGCAAAUUCACCAUCACCUAAGCAUCAAGGUAGCCUUAAAUUAAGACUUCGACGUGUCAGUUCAACAAGUUCAUUUAAAGCUGUACGUCCCUACCUUCCACCAAUAAGCAAGGAAAUCUCAAAAUCUGGAAAAAGUUUGUCUGAAAUUGAUGAAAAGAACAAUCGAGUUGGUAGAGAAUUACGCAGACGUGAUAAAAUUCAACGUUCAGCUAGUCUAGAACCUGAAAUCAAGGAUAGAAAACCACUAGAACGUUCAAAAUCACAUCGGAAAGACAGUGAAAAACAACAUCGUCGCCAACACCAUCAUCAUCACCAUCAUCAUAGAAAUCAUCGACAACAACAGUUGCAACAACAAUCACAGUCUCAUCAACAAAAUCAACAACAAACUAAACGUAUGUAUCCUGUCGCUCAAAAAGACUGGCUACGAGCAAGAACAUAUUUUAAUGAUAUCAAUCCAUAUAUUAUGGAUGCUAAGAAAAUGGGAAAUCUUGGACGCUAUUUCAAUCAUUCGUGCAAUCCAAAUGUAUUUGUUCAAAAUGUAUUCAUUGAUACACAUGAUCCUCGAUUUCCUGAGGUUGCUUUCUUUGCAAAACGGAAUAUAGACGUUGGAGAAGAAAUGACUUGGGACUAUGGAUAUACUGUUGAUGCAGUACCAUUUAAAGUUCUCUACUGUUAUUGUGGUGAACCUAACUGUCGAAUAAGACUGUUGUAAUAUAUUGUACAGCGUAAUCAAACUUCGUGUUUUUAUCAUGUACUCAAAUUAUCAGAGAAUAGGUAACUGUAUGACAAAACUGAUUAUUUUUGUAUCUAUGCAGUUUAUUUAUGUGAACAAUAAAGUUCUAUCUGCAUGUCACUUGUUUCUGUGUAUUUACCUGUCCAAUCUUAGAAGGAGUAUGUGCUAUAUGGUAUUUUUCCGAGCGUUUCCCUUUUAACAUUGCUAAUUGACUAUGUUCAUUAUUACUGUCUCUUUGAGUGAAAUAAUUUUUUCAAGCUAAUCAAUUCAUUUCUGUGAUUUUUGGUUUCGGGGAUUUUAUGCUUCAAAAUAAUAGCGACUACGUUAACGAA